AUGAAGCUUAAUAUUUUCGCUGCUGCUUUAGGGCUGUUUGCGCCUGCGAGCGCACUGCUUCGAUUUGGCUGCUCGGGUUUGACCGUCCAGCGGCUGGAUCCCCUGGUGAACCCAGGCAUGAAUCCAUCAGCUCAUCUCCACCAGAUUAUCGGAGGUAAUUCCUUCAAUGCAUCGAUGCCUGCUGCAACCCAUGAUCUUGCCACGCUUUCGACCUGUACAAGCUGCCAGUUCACGGAAGAUCUCUCCAACUACUGGACGGCUGUCAUCUUCUACCGUGGAAAGAAUGGUACUUACAAAAGGGUCCCGCAGAUGGCCCAGGCAGGAAUGGAAGGCACUCAGGGCGGCAUGGUCGUCUAUUAUAUGACUGAUGCGUUAUUCGAUACUGCUCAAAAGUCCACCGUCACGGCUUUCAAGCCUGGCUUCCGCAUGCUUGUUGGCGACGCGACUUUCCGCGACCGCGAACAAGCCAGGAAGUGGCGCCAGUUAACUUACAUCUGCAUGGAGAAUCAGGGUACCCGUGCCCCGGAGACUAUCGGUUUCCCUACGAAGCCGUGCCCUGGUGGUAUCAUGGCAAAUCACAGGUUCCCUACUUGCUGGGACGGCAAGAACCUAGAUUCUCCCAACCACCAAGACCACGUCUCGUACCCAGAGAGCGGCACGUUCGAGUCGGGUGGCCCGUGCCCAGCCACGCACCCGGUCAGGCUCCCCCAGAUCCUGCUCGAGACGGUCUGGGACACCAGGGCGUUCAACAACCCGGCGGACUUCGCCAACGGCAAGCAGCCCUUCGUCUGGUCGACGGGAGACCAGACCGGGUACAGCAGCCACGCCGACUACAUGUUCGGCUGGAAGGACCAGUCCCUGCAAAAGGCGAUGGACGGGCACACGUACGUCUCAGCUCCGAUGCUCAAGACGCAGAAUAUCGCCCAGCAGAACAAGUGCAAGGUUAAGGACAUGGUAGGAGAGGAUAUCGACAGCUGGUUGACGAACCUACCUGGUGCGAACCCAGUUGCGUAG